AUGAUCGAAAACCCUGAACAUAAAAUGGUUCACCUGAAAAAAACUUUAUCUUACGAACUUGGAAUUGGUCAAUCGACAAUUGAUAACACCAUAUUGGAGUAUCAACGGACAAAAACUGUUUCUUCGCCAAACAAAACAAAAGUCCGAAAACAACUGACCGAAAAAGUAGAUGAGUUUGACAAGUAUGGUAUCAGAAGAAAAGUGCAUCAAUUUUGGCACGAUCGUGAUACGCCUACGUUAGACAAGAUUCUUGUGUCCGUCAAUGAAGAUAAAGGUCUACCAAAUUUUUCUCGAACAUCAUUAUUCAGAUUGUUGAAAUCUAUGGAUUUCGUAUAUAUGAAGCGAGGUUGUAAUAGUGGUUUGAUUGAAAAAUCUGAAAUCAUACUUUGGCGGAGAAGAUAUUUAAAAGAUAUUAAAAGAUACAGAGAAGAAGGAAGGCCAAUUUACUUUCUAGAUGAAACGUUGGUAAACGCCGGAGAUGUUAAUAACAAAGUAUGGGUCAACAAAACUGUAACGUCAGCUCGAAUGGCAUCUUCCGAGGGACUUUCGACUGGAGCAAUAAACCCUACUGGCAAGGGGAAACGUUUAAUUGUUAGCCACAUCGGUUCCGAAGAUGGAUUUGUUCCCGGAGGUCUUUUGUGCUUUGAGUCAAAGAAAAACACCCAAGACUAUCACGAUGAGAUGAACGGGGACUCUUUUCGUGAUUGGUUGGAAGGUGUUUUGCCGAAACUCAAAGACAACGCUGUCAUCGUAAUGGACAACGCUCCUUAUCAUUCGGUGAAAAUUGAAAAAUGCCCAACUACGAAUUGGAGAAAAGCUGACAUAAUUGCAUGGCUUUAG